CUUUAUCGUCUGCUGUUGAAAACAGCUCAGCCAUUUUGAAUACAAAGCGGCGUUCUCGAUGUCAAGCUUAGAUUAAGCGUUUGAAAAUUUAGUGGUGUCCUUUUGUUAAUUCUACAUCCACAAGUUAAAAUGGCAAUGGCUAUGCAGAAAAAACUUAAUGUGCGGUUACCCCCUGAAGUGAACAGAAUUCUUUAUGUUCGAAACCUUCCGUACAAGAUUACAUCUGAAGAAAUGUAUGAUAUAUUUGGAAAAUAUGGAGCAAUUCGUCAAAUCAGAGUGGGGAAUACUCCAGAGACUAGGGGUACAGCUUUUGUGGUGUAUGAAGACAUAUUUGAUGCCAAAAAUGCUUGUGACCAUCUUUCAGGGUUUAAUGUCUGCAAUCGUUACCUUGUGGUUCUAUAUUAUCAACCUACCAAAGCUUUCAAGAAGGUGGACACAGACAAAAAGAAAGAAGAAAUAGAAAAGAUGAAGGCUAAAUUUGGCUUGGACGAUGAAUAACAUGUAAAUUGAACUCAUUGUACAAUUUUGAUAAUAAAAUCAUUUUUACUACA